AUGUCUGUAUUGCAUACUCCUCCUACAUCCCCUUCUGAUUCUCAGAAUUCCAGUGAUGGGUUCCGACCCCUCACACUCACUCCGGCAGAUCUUGCAGCUACAAUGUCAAUGGCUGCAUCUCGCAUCCGAGCAUCCAUCUCUCAAUAUCAGAUGGAGGCUACCCACACUGAGGAGCCUUCUGCUGCUUGGAUCAUGCACUUUAAAGCUGGGCUGCAAUGGGAGAUAGCUACUUUUGUGACUCCCCUCCUGCAGUACUCAGCUGCAAGGAACAUCAUUUUGGUUGUUCCGAGCCCGGUCACUCAUAUUCUUUGGUUGAUUCCCGAGCUCACCUGGGACAUGGUUCCGGAUGACGUCUUUUCAUCCCACCUGUAUCUGGGGGAUCCCUCCCGGAUUGUAUCAACCUAUGGAACUCAAUGGUGGACCGGACCAACUGCAAUCCCGAAGGAAUUAUGGCCAUGGGAUCAGUCUGGCGUUGAGGACGAACAUCUUGUUGUUCCCGAGCAGGUGGCUGAAAGCUCGGUUGCAUCACUGAAGGCACUGAGGUGGAUGAGAGAACACCUCCUGACAGUUAUUGAGGAUCAACAAGAUGGCAUCCAUGAAAAGAUGGCCGAGAUUCAGAUGUACACAGCCGUCCUAACCAAAUUGAAGCCAAGGGGACCGGAGUAG